CCGCUCAGUUGAUCAGAGUCACUCGAACGCGCCGCUGCUCAACAAUUCCGGAAUUGGCGCGAAAAUUCAUAUAAAAAAAAAAUAAAAAUCAACUUACAAGUUUUUGUUAUAUAGUAUAGAAGCUCAAAUAUUUACGUGCUGCAACGGAUACGUCGGUGAUUGGAAAUGCUCAUGAUGUGAUGUUUGCCCAGAGCUGCGUCUAGUCAGCCGAUUUGCCAUAUCAAAAAAAAAAUAGAAAGAAAAAAGAAAACUAAUACCCAGGAAAAAUGAACUACCCAAUCUGCUAAAUAGAAAGACCAACAUAUAACGCUCAGAGAUCCAGAGAAUAUAUACAUCUGGUUACGUGACUGUUUCGAUAGUUCGACAUGCAUUUUAGUAAUGAAACGGAAAUGAUCCAAUGUCCGAAUACGAAACGUAGACUAAUCGAUCCGACGUCUGCUCCAAAAAACUGCAGUACUUCAUCAACGGAUUCGGGUGUAAUACUAAAUGAUAAUGCGGCAUCAUUCCGGCCGGAUAAGGAGACCAAAGAUCGGGGGACGGACGAUGGGGAAUCCAAAUCAAAAUCGGAAACGAAAACGGAACCCAAACGUAUCAGCAUCGAGCACACUGUGAAUAUAACCAACGAGAUUGCUGGAAAGACAUCUUCUUCGCCGGCGGUUUCUAUACGGAGCACAACCAUUUCCAUUGUGUCCAUCGAUGAGAAUGCCAUCGACUCCAGUUGUAUUGAUAGUGACUCGGAAGCUGAAGCCGAGGAUUAUACAGUCCAGAAGCUGGGCCAACAGGUCACCUACCCGCCCAACAGUACAAACCUGCGCGAUCUUAACCAGGGUCUAACCGUGAUCAGUCGUCAAGUGGCACCGGGUCAGUCGGAACAACCACCACCAAAUCCCCUUGAAGCUGGUGUCGUCGCUAAGCAAAUACUAAAUGGAAGUCUAGAAUUGGCCACGCCCACUUCUCCGGCAGGUGGAGCAACUCAGGGAAUCGGUAGCAUUGCGCUUACAAACUCCACGGAUGUGACCUUCGGUGAUAAGCAUUUCUACGAGGGACCCGUGACGAUACAACAGUUUCUCAUCGACAAUCGGGACAAGUGGAAAGCGGGUGAAGGACCAGGCGGUGGACAGGAUAAUCCAGCUUUUAAUGGUGGAGCCACCACAAAUGGCAAUGCGCCGGGUUCCAAGCUUGAUGAUCCUGCCCAGACGCCACCCCUUUGCCCAUUUUUGCCCAACACUAUUGGUCGCAAAGCCGUCACAAUAACAGUGGUGUUCGUACUAUUUACUUUUCUACUGGGCAUCAUACUGGCCACCACCACAAACAUCUUCGGCAAGACGUUGAACCAAAGUAAGAUCAGCGAUGUCGACGAUUCCAGACAAAAUAUUCCAAUCAAUUCAACAAUAGAUCUGGACAAUAUUGGUGGAGGAUUGAUACUAAGAUUUGUGGAGCGUCAGCAAUGGCUUGCCCAGCCGCCGCAGAAGAAGAUUCCGGAUUUGGAGCAGCCCGUAAAGUUGAUCAUUGUCCUGCCCACCAAUUCGGAUGAUUGCACCACCCAGGCACAGUGUGUGUUUCGAGUACGACUGCGACAGUCGUUCGAUAUAGAAUCUGUGCAGGAAGAUGAUAUAGUCUUUAAUUUUCUAAUCGGUGGCGAUGGCAAUGUGUAUGUGGGACGUGGAUGGGAUCAAGUGGGCGCCCAUAUGCCCGGCUAUAAUUCAAAGAGCCUGAGCCUGGCCUAUAUCGGAUCUUUUCAGACACGCAAGCCGUCGGACAAACAGCUCAGCGUGACUCGGCUUCUGUUGGAGCGCGGAGUGAAGCUGGGAAAGAUUGCUCCCAACUAUCGAUUUACAGCGGCCAGUAAAUUGGAGCCAAGUCUAACCCAAUACAAGGCGGAUGCCCUCUACCAAAGCUUCAGCAAUUGGACUCAUUGGUCGUGAAUAGUUUUAAGAUAUAUAAUGUAUAUGCGCAGCUCCCGAUGUAUGGAUUUUAUCAUUCAUUAUUCGUAUUGAUAUUGUAGCAUAGGUGUUCUCUCCUAUCCCUUUAAAUUUGUGGCAUAUUCGUUUUAGCUAGAGUUACGAUUAUUCGUUUUGAAAAAAUGUGAUAUUAAAUAAAGCAAAAAUGAUUAACUUGAUUAAA